GCGCUCGCUCCGCUUCCUGGAGCUUCCCCGGCGCCGCCGCCGUCCGUCUUGCCCGCCCCGCUCCUCCCUCUCGCUCUCCCGGCCCUCCUCGCCCCUCAGAAGCGGCGACGACAGCGCCGGGCCAUGGCCGAGUGGAGCCCCGCCCAGGAUCUUCAGUGGGAGGUGGAGCCCCAGCCCAUGGCUGCUGCCCAGCCCCUCAGCACCCCUGAGCAAACGCCCAUGGGGGACGUGCUCCCCGAAGCGGCUGAGCUCUCCCUGACAGUUGUGGCUGAAAUCCAAGCGGUGGAGAGCAAAGUGGACUCUUAUGCAGCGCAGCUCAUGAGCCUGGAGGGGAGGAUGGGGAUGGCCGAGACGAAGCUGGACGGCUGCGAAAAGACCGCCGUCGAAUUCGGGAACCAGCUGGAGAGCAAGUGGGCUGCCCUGGGGACCCUCAUUCAAGAGUACGGGCAGCUCCAGAGGAGGCUGGAGAACAUGGAGAACCUGCUCAAGAACCGCAACUUCUGGAUCCUCCGCCUGCCCCCAGGAUCCAGGGGGGAAAUCCCCAAGGUCCCUUUGCUGUUUGACGAAGCCUCCUGCAGUUUCUCCGAGCAAGAGUGGCGCAGCUUGGAUGAAGGGCAGAAGGACCUCUACCGGCACAUCAUGAAGUGCAACUACAAGGCCGUGGUCUCUAUGGACACUGCCAUCUCCAAACCUGAGCUGCUCUCUCGGAUCGAGCAAGCAGAUGUCGCUGGUCGGGGGGACGUCGAGGAAAGAGAAGCCCUGAAGGAGACCACCCUGGGCUCUCCGAUUUCCGCCCUCAACGACAGCUCCUGGAUGGAGCCGGAGGAAAUGUCCCUGGUCAAAAGCAUGGGCGACUUGGAGGAGAGCGAAAUCCCCGGGGAUCCCGCCAUGAGUACUCCGCAGCUCCUGGAAGAAGACCCCGAAAGCUUGGAGCUCCCCGGCAUGUUCCCCCGGAAGUGGACGGAAGUCUUCCAGGGCCCGGGCGAGGAACUGCUCUGCGAGAGCCACCCCAUUUCGGUGGGGCUUGCAAGGAAGCCCCCGGGGAGCAGCCUGAGGCGGUCGUCCCGCUGCGUGGCUGAGUCGAGGAAAGAGGACCCCUGCUCUGCGCUGGUGGAGGAGGCCCACACUGGGCCCUACAUCUGCUGUGAGUGUGGGGAGGGCUUCCUGGACAAGCAGCUCUUCACCACUCACCAGAAGACCCACGACGGAGGAGGGAGCUAUCCGGCGAUGGACCCCGGAGGAGGAGGAGGGGGCCUGAAGCUGAAGAUGAGCCCCUUACCUCUCCAGAGGGCCCCGACGCCGGCGCGCCCCAAGCCCCCGAAACGCCCCGAGCCCCAGAGGAGCCCCGCCCUCAAGCCCAGCGCCGGGAAGCGCCCCGGGAACCACAUGGUGGAGCGCCCCUACACCUGCACCCAGUGCAAGGAGAGCUUCAAACUGGAGGUGAGCCUUCUUCUCCACCAGAAGCUGCACACAGGGAAGGGCGACGGGCCGCUGACGUGCACCUACUGCGGCAAGGACUUCCGGGACCUCUCCAAGGCCGUCCGGCACCAGCGCAUCCACACGGGCGAGAGGCCCUACCAGUGCACCGAGUGCGGGAAGAGCUUCAUCCGCCGGGACCACCUCCUCAAGCACUGGCGCGUCCACACCGGGGAGACCCCCUACCAGUGCGCCACCUGCGGGAAGAACUUCCGCUACAAGGAGUCCCUGAACUGCCACCAGAAAAUCCACACCCGCAACCCCGCGGCGCACCACCUGGGGCUGGGGGCGCAGGCCGGCCUGGUGGCCUUGAAGCAAGAGCAACCCUACGUCUGUGUGAAUGGGGCAUGGGACUGCACAGAGCAGAGCUGCCCCCAAGCCGUCCUGUGCCCGGGGGAGCUGGUCUAUGCCUGCGGAGCGGCGGCAGUGGGGACUGCGUCUGCGCUGCCUCCCGCAGGAGGAUGGAUGGAUGGAUGGAUGGAUGGAUGGAUGGAGGCGACCGGGCGCCGUCUGGCUUCAUCCCGCCUGCCUUUGCUGCGGGUGCGCGGCUCCUCCUCUUCCCUUCUGCCCCCAGCGGACGGCGGACCCCUCUCCGCCUUCCUCCGCCUUCUGAUUCCGGGGCUUCCCUCCUCCCUUCCCUCCUUCCUUCUUUCCGGCGGCUUCUCCGGACGGAUCCAGCCCACCUGCCCGCUUGCGAUGGCCGCUGAAUGGGAUCCUUCUGCGCAGCAGGGCUUGGAAUGGGGCAGGGGACCCCUUCAGCCCACCCCAGUGCACCCUUGCUUCCUCCCCAAGCGGAGCUGCGGCGAUGCCGCCGGCCGGCCGGCCGCUGAGAUCUCCCUCUGGACGGUGGUGGCCGCCAUGCAAGCGGUGGAGAGGAAGGUGGACGUCCACGCUGGGCGGCUGCUGGCGCUGGAGCGGAGGGCGGGUCUGGCCGAGAAGAAGCUUUCCGGGACGGAGAAAGCCAUGGCGGAGUUCAGCCACCACCUGGACGCGCUGGGGACCCUCAUCCAGGAAUACGGGCAGCUCCAGAGGAGGCUGGAGAACAUGGAGAACCUGCUCAAGAACCGAAACUUCUGGAUCCUCCGCCUGCCCCCAGGGUCCAGGGGGGAAACCCCCAAGGUGCCGGUGACCUUCGACGAGGUCUCUGUCUGCUUCUCGGAGGAAGAAUGGGGGAACCUGGACGAAGACCAGAGGGAGCUCUACAAGAACGUCAUGAAGGGGAACUACGAGUCUCUGGUCUCACUGGAUUACGCCAUUGCCAAGCCCGACCUGCUAACCCGGAUCGAAGGGGGGCAGGAGCAGGCAGCUGAGGACGAAGAGGCUCCUAGAAGCAUCGGCCCAGAAUUCCCUGCACCCAGAAAUGACACUGUCUCUCUUGUCCAGCGGGAAAUUGUUCCUUCGGUAGUGGGCGAGUGGGAUUCGGGAGAAAGCGGGGCGCCCCCAGAUGAAAGCCCAGAUGCCACCCUCUUUGCCCAGGUGCCUGCCAGGCCAGAGGUGAGGCCCGGGGACCUGGCGCAGUACAGCGCAUUGCCAGAGGCCUUGGACCAGGCUGUCUUCCACAUCCCCGAGGAGGGCCUGGCAUGCGUGGACGGGCAGACUUCCGGAGGCAGCCUAGAGGAGCCGGCCGCAUGUGGGAGCGACUUUGCAGACUUCACCACCAUCAUCGUGCCCGAGGGGGCCCUCCCUGGCGAGGCCCCGUACGUCUGUGCCGACUGCGGGAAGAGCUUCCUGUACGAGGAGCAGCGCGCCCUGCACCAGCGGACGCACCCUCGAGACUCCCCUGAAGGGAGCCCCGCCUCGAGCCUGCGGCCGGGGGGCGAGGCGUACCCCUGCCCCGAGUGCGGGCGCUGCUUCCCUCACCAGGCGAGCCUCAGCAAGCACCGGCUGUGGCACUCGGGCGAGCGGCCCCACACAUGCUCCGAGUGCAACAAAAGCUUCCGCCUGAAGAUAAAUCUCCGUCUGCACCAGCGGAGCCACGCGGCGGCCGCGGCAGGCCUGGCGGCGAAGGCGGGCUCCUAUAUCUGCGGCGAGUGCGGGCGCAGCUUCAACCACCACUCCAAUUUCCUGCGCCACCAGAUGAUCCACACGGGCGAGCGGCCGUACGCCUGCGGCGAGUGCGGCAAGACCUUCAUCCGCAAGGAGCACCUCGCCACUCACGGGCGGCUGCACACCGGCGAGCGGCCGUACCAGUGCCCCCUUUGCCAGAAGAGCUUCACCCGCAAGCAACACCUCGUCGGGCACCAGCGGCUCCACGAAGGCGGAGAUCCCUGGCUGGACGGCCCUUCGGGACAGAGGCCUCUCCGGAGCCAGUGGGGCAGGGCGAAGAUGCGGGCAGAGGCCGGCGGUGCCCCUCGCCUCAGGCAGGAGCGGUUCCCCCCUUAAACACCUGCUUUGGGCACUGCCAGGGCGCCCGGUGCUGGGACUUAGUGGGAUGCAGGCUGGGGAAGCAGUUGUGGACUGAACCGUUGCGGUCGCCAGAGCUGGAGAUGGAAAACGAAGCCUGCGGCUCGGAGAGGGUUCUGUUACCAAUUUUGUUUCUUCGAAAAGGGGGGAAAUUGAGAUUUCUGCCGACUUUCUCGACGUUGGCCGAGGCCGAAGAAACGAAACUGGUCCUCCUUGUUUCAUUUGCUAAGUCUUGAUGUUAAAGUGUCAUUCUCAAACCCACUU